CUCACAAAUGAUGGAGUCCCAGUUGAAUUCGAAGAGCGCCCUCAUGAAUCAACGUCUUCGGUUGUCCUUGAUUAUCACGUAAUUCAGAACGACCUCUCGGGCUUGCUGAACUCCCCUCAUCAGCGCAGUGCGCUCGACUUCAAAGUCCCUCUUUUGAGACUUAAAAUCGUCUCCUUUCGCAAUGAAACCACACUCGGCAUCUCUUGGAACCAUACAUUGGGUGAUGCCACUAUGUUCUUCCGCUUCACUCAUGCACUUUCCCAAUUUUACCAAGGCUUACACCUCGUCUAUCCACCGCCUACGUUCGAGAAGCACGUUUUCCCUGAGCCUGAGGAGUGUACCAUUGAAGAACUACGCCCA